AAUUUAUACCACGUCACUCGCCCUGAUAAGCCCUAGAACGCCCAAUAAUCCAAGUUCCAUGCUCAAUUUUCAAAGAAAGCCCAAUAAAACUUGGAACGUCCUGCAUUUCUGCUUCUACUUGGUUCGCGGCUUAAUACCUUUUAAGGCCUUUUGACUAAGAUAAAGUGUAGAGCCCUUCUAUCUCUCAUCUCCUAACUCCAAAACCCUAACGGAUUGGGGUCGUUUUCCCCAACGCAGCGGAGCUGAACCAGUAGAUCACGAUGUCUUCGACUGUGCUUGAACGGACUAGAUGCGCUCACGAGGAAAUAGAGCGGCUUGAGCGCCUCGCUGUUAAGGACUUGCAGCAUGAGCCAUCGACCACCAGAGAGAGAUUGUUUCAGAACCAUCGAGUUCGUGGUUUUGUCGAUAACAUUAUUCACACUACCGAUGAACUGAUUGAGCUCUACGACGACAAGGAUAAUCUUAGGAAAGAUGAGAUUGCUGCUCUUGGAGGUCAAACUGCAAGUGGGCAGAAUGUGUUCAGCUCCUUCUAUGACAGAUUGAAAGAGAUACGUGAAUACCAUAGGAAGUUUCCAGUUGCACGUGUUGUUGAGGCACCGGAUGAUGAAGAAUCACUCAAAGAAGAACCAUAUAUUGAGUUCAGUGGCGAGGAAGCUUUUGGUCGAUACCUUGACAUGCAUGGGCUUUACAAUGAGUAUAUAAACUCCAAGUUUGGCGAGAAAAUUGAGUAUUCUGCAUAUCUAGAUGUAUUUCCACAAACUCAUAAGAUUCCCCUCAAUUUGAAGCUAACCAGACAGUACAGAGAGUAUUUGGAUCAUGUCCUUGAUUACCUGACAAGUUUCUUUCAGCGCACUGAACCCUUGCAAGAUGUUGAUAGAAUAUUUUCAAAGGUUGAGGCUGAAUUUGAAGAGCGCUGGGCAGACGGUAAUGUGCAUGGAUGGGAAGGCAAAGGUCUGGAAAAUGGGAACUCCACAAAUCAAGGGGCCAUCAUUGAUCUUGAUUAUUAUGAUAAUGCCGAUGAGCUUGUUUCACUAGGCCCCAAAAAAUUAAAAGAGGCAUUAGCAGCUCUCAGUUUGAAAUCAGGUGGGACGGUUCAACAGCGUGCUGAAAGGCUUUUCCUUACAAAGCAUACACCCCUAGAGAAGCUUGACAGAAAGCAUUUUGCAAAAGGUUCCACCCAUGUCAUAGAACAGAAUAAUGCGGCUACCCAUUCACAACACAUUAGCACCUGUAAAGAUAUGGCUUUGACGGAAGUCAAGAUGCAACGGCUCUGUGAAUUGUUGGAUGAGACCAUUGUGCGGACCAAGGAAAAUGUGGAAAAGAAACAGGCCCUGACCUAUGAAGAAAUGGAGGCAGAGCGUGAAGAGGAAGAAGUCCAAGCUGAGAGUGAAAGUGAUGAAGAUGAGCAACAGAUUUAUAAUCCUCUAAAAUUGCCUAUGGGUUGGGAUGGAAAGCCCAUUCCAUAUUGGUUGUAUAAGCUCCAUGGUCUUGGGCAGGAAUUCAAAUGUGAAAUAUGUGGGAACCACAGCUACUGGGGACGUCGAGCAUUUGAGCGACAUUUCAAAGAGUGGCGCCAUCAGCAUGGUAUGCGUUGUUUAGGUAUACCAAACACCAAGAACUUCAAUGAGAUUACAUCAAUCAAGGAAGCAAAGGUUCUGUGGGAGAAAAUACAAGAGCGGCAAGGCGUUAACAAGUGGAGGCCGGAACUUGAAGAGGAGUACGAGGAUAAAGAUGGCAACAUAUACAAUAAGAAGACAUUCACUGACUUGCGACGCCAGGGCCUUAUUUAACAACUGACCACCCUUACUUAAUGGUUCAUAUUAGAUCUCAUAUACUUAGUUUAAUCUUUGGACUUCCGCUGUCAUUUUUGGAUUGGAGGAUCUCUCUCUCUUUCUGUGUGUAUAAAUGGUAAGGAACACCUAUUAUAUAAGGAACUCCAAUUUUGUACAUUGUAGUGAAGAUUAGCCUGCAGUCCAUGGUGUUGUAGAGAGGAUCAAGUAUUGGCAUGGAAUCAAAGAUGUUCUUGUUUUUUUUUU